CAGAGAAACCCUCUACUGCUCCCCUGCUCAGACUGCAGCCCAGCCAGCAUUUGCAUUAGCAGCACACAGGAUACACACUCACUCUCACACACACACACAUACACACACUUAUAACUACUCACACACUCCGUCAUAUCUCAAAGUGGAGUCAGAGUGAGGAAACAGAAUGUCAGGGAAGGAAGCGCUGAAGCCAGUAGGAAAGCAGUAUUUGCCUGAAGUCUGCAAAGCCCUUCUGUGACUCACUCUCACAGGUCUGAGGUAGAGGUCUAGAUCCACACAGAGAGCCACACAAGUAUCUGAUGAUCUUACAGACUAGAACACAUCAAGGAGAAGGUUCCAGAUUCUGCUCAGGAGGACCAGCUUAACCCUCAGAUCAGGACUUUGAAACAGAGACGAAUUCUUGACAUUCCCUUUGUCUCUGACCACUCACCGCUCUUCAGGUCUUUUAGAGUCCCAUCAUCUGCCGCCACCACCACCACCACCACGCAAGAGGACGAAUCAGCACACAAAGCUCAGUAAGAUGAGUCUGUCAAGGAGCGGGACCCUGGAGAAGACGAUAUCUGAGCAUGGCCACUCUGAGCAUAGAUCCCCUUCCAGAGCGGGGUCAGGGGUCGUGGUGCCGCCUCCUUACUCUCUAGGAGGCAGUGAAGCCGCUGACACCCCCCUGGAGUUGAGGGGCUCUCUGGACUGCUGGGCGUGCUCAGUGUUGGUCACGGCUCAAAAUAUGGUUAUAGCACUGAUCAACUCCAUCCUGGCCAGUGUUGUGUUCGGCAUCAUCCUCACCCCUGCUCUUGCCAUGAUCCUAUUUGGCUUCCUCUGCCACUCCACAGUGCGGCCUCAUGGAACGUCUCUGUAUUGUUCAGACAUUCUGAAAGAUGCCGGCUGUGUGGCUCUGCUGGUCGUGGGCUUUCUGCUGCUCACCCCUCUGCUGGUUCUGGCACUUGCUGCCUACUGCCGUUUGGCCCGACACCUCCAGCUGGGCAUGUGUUUCAUUCCCUACAGCCGGGCGGUGUAUAAGAACCUGCCUGCCUCUCGCCGAAGGGGUGGAGGCUGCUGCAGCCAGCAGGGACCCUCAGAACGGGAGGGGAAAGGCAGCGUCUGGGUGUAGAAGAUCAAAUGAUUAUAAUACUCCUGACGACUCACCAGGGACAUUUGUCUGGCUCUUUUUUUUUUUUUAGACUGCAUUCCAAACAUUGUAUCGUAUUUCUUUUCUGAAGCCAUUGUAAAAAUCAUAUUUUCAUUUUAUAAACCUUACAUUAUCUUUUAUACUGAUUAUUGUCAUACUGUUUGUAUACAAGUCAGAUGUAUUUUGUUUAUUUUUUUUAUAAUAAAGUAUAUCUCACAUUGAAA